AUGACUGAGAAUAAUGUAUCUGAUUAUAUUACAUACCGUGAAGUUACUAAAAAGCUUAUGACCAUUAUCGGACUUUGGCCGUAUGAAAAUUCAAGUUUCUUCUAUCGACUAGUGCCAUACAUUCAAAUAUCCUUAAAUUUGGGAAUGGCGUUAGCAAUUUUUGGUUUUGUGCUUGACCAUUUUCCAAAUAUUGGCCUGGUAACUCGCGGCUUGAGUAUUAUGACUAGCUUCAUUACAGUCGUUUGUUUAGUGAUAAACCAAAAAGAAUUAGUAGAGUUGCACACGAAUCUUGACCCGUAUUUUGACAAACUAUUGACGAAUUCAAAACUUACCAAAAUUGUGCUGAAAAAAGUUAAAGCUUACAGAUUUUUAUCAUGGACAUUAACGUUUUGUGUUUUUACUUGUCUGGCAGCGUACAUUAUCGGCCCGUUAGUGUACAUAACCAAUUGUUAUUUCAAUAAAAUUACGAUUACUAAAUACCCGCUGGUAUAUCCGAGCGGUUAUCCGUGGAAAAUACCUUCCAAUGGAUUUGUCUAUAAAAUACACUUUAUUUUUGAAACGCUAGCUACGUCAGCUCUAUUUUUUGUCACCUGUAGCGUCGACUCGUUAUUUACAUUAUACGUUUUUCAAAUGGUCGCGCAACUACGCGAAAUGUCUUAUUGCAUUACACACAUUGAAAACGAAGAUGAUCGCCAGGAGGUGGUGUGCAAAUGUGUUAAUCAGUAUGAGAAGUUAAUGAGGUCUAAAUAUAUUCUUGAGAAAAUUUAUGGACCUACAAUUUUGUGGAUCAUGGGAACAAAUGCAAUUGUACUUUGCGCGUUGUUAUUUCAAGUUUCACAGAUGAAAAGUAUUUCGAUUAUACGAGGAAUGUUAAUUGGUGCAUACGUUGGAAUUAAAGUAACACAGACAUUCAUGUAUGCUUAUGGCGGAUCAAAAAUAACAGAAGAGAGUGAAUAUUACAGAAAUGCUGUGUACGCUGCAAACUGGUACGGAAAUAAAAAAUUAAUGGCUUAUGUCAUAAUUACUCUGUCUCAAAAACCAUUGAUAUUGACAGCUUGCAAUUUUGCGUACGUCUCAGUCGAUAUUUUUGUAAAGGCAAUUGAUUACCUUAAAAUAAAUAAAUUAACUAAUAAAUUUUUUUCUCAGGUUCUUAAUACGACAAUUUCGUACUUUUUCUUAUUACAAACUUUGGAUGAA